CGUCGUGAAAGAGAUUGGUUGUUCGUUACAGGUUUAAAUACUAAACACAUAAAAUUGAAGCGUUUAAGGAUAUCCGUUUAAAAACGAACACCGUCAGUGAAACUAGUUACAGAAGGUGCAUCGUCUUAAUUUACUCAUUCCUAAUAAUAAUUCAAAUGGGGGAAAUAAGUUUGAUAUCAACCAGUUCAAGUGGAAAUGAGAGUGGAAGUUUUUCCAGCAAUGGACAUGGUCUACAAAUACAUCAUGAUUUUGAAGAAUACUCUGCAUCAAUUGGCAGACUUUAUAGUCAUCAUCAGGAGAUGGAUGAUGAUAACAGUGACGACGAAGAGCCAGAAGACUAUUCCCCCGACCCACGGGAUUAUUAUUCUCACUUCUACCGUGAGAGUGAAAGACUUUCAACGUUCCAUGACUGGCCACCUUGAACCCAUGUCACUAAGGAAGAAUUGGCCAAAAAUGGGUUCAUGUAUCUCCACGUAUCAGAUCGCGUACAGUGUGUAUUUUGUAGAGCGAGUUUAGGUAGCUUUGGUCCAGGUGAUUUUGUGGCCAAUGAACACAGGAAAUAUUGCCCAGAGUGUCCAUUUGCGUUUGGUUAUGAGUGCGGAAAUGUACCAAUACCAUCAUCAGUUCAGCAAACAAAACGACUAACAACGUUGAAGGAAAUAGAUAAUAGGAGAAUGACUGCAGUUGGAAACUUUGCACUCUCAUCUCCGCCUUCUUCCACUGUCCAGACGACUUCAAUUCCAACCAGAACUACUAAUCCAAUUGCUCUACCACAGUCACAUAGUGUAACAGCGUUGUCUUCAAUUGAUCCAAACCAAGGAGCUGCAGCAGUGAUCACAGAGCCGAAGUAUCGGGACUGGGCGGACGAACACACACGAUUGCGGUCGUACAAUGAAUGGCCUGCACAGAUGAGGCAAACCCCGCAAGAUCUGGCAGCCGCUGGACUGUUGUACAUGGGUCAGGGUGAUCGUUGUAAGUGUUACUGGUGCGGAGGAGAACUCCACGACUGGGAUCCAGAGGACCUUCCCUGGGUCGAGCAUGCAAAGUGGUUUUCGCAGUGCGGCUUUGUGAGGCAACAGAUGGGCGAACAAUUCGUCAUAAACGUCAAUAAUGGCGUGACAGCAAACGUUGAGUCUCCUAGCAACCAGGAGUUCUUGAGACGUCCACAUGUUCUUGCUGCACUGAACGACUAUAGAUAUACACGAGAGCAGGUCUUGGAGGCAUUACACACAUACGGUGUCCUGAACCUAGUAACUGCGCAAGAUAUUAGAAAAUAUGUCGAGGAGUUGACACAGAAGAGGCAGGUAGCCCAAAUGCAUGCAAGACUCACUGAAACCGUUACCUUUGCAAACUCAAGACCAUCGAGUCAUUUGGUCAACGGGUCAGACAGUUCAUUUGCUGUGUCAGCUGGUGGCCAGCAAGUAGCCCAGCCCAGUGACGAUGCGGGGGCCUCCAAUGGUCAGUUGCGCAUCGAGGAUAUGGCGAUGGAGGGCGUGGGGGAAUCAAAUACUGGCAGUAUUAAUAACAGGCGUUUACAGAACUUGAGUCUGAAUACUAACUCAAGUUCCUUGUCCUCAGCAAGUAUUCCUUCAGAUGUCGACUAUUUUGUUAAGGAGAACGAGAAACUCAAAGAACAACGCGUGUGUAAAGUAUGUAUGGACAGGGAGGUCUGCGUUACCUUCCUUCCUUGUCGCCACCUGGCAACCUGUGAAGAGUGUGCUAAAUCAAUCAGUACUUGUCCCAAUUGCAGAUCGGCUGUUGAAAGCAAAGUUAAAGUAUACUGGGCUUGAUAGGUAAAGCAAAGAUCAAAUGGUAUAUGUUCCUUAAUAAAAAAAACUAUCAUAGAAUAUAUGUAUUUGUUAUUGUACAACUCCUUUAGAAUCGGAGUUUACGCAGAACGAGCUUAUUCGAGGGAUAAAAUCGUAGUUAUUAUCUUGCAUUGGAAGGUUGUAAUCUUUUCUAGUUAUAGAAUAUGUUACUUUUAAUGUAUUAUUUAAUUUUGAUAUUGUAUUUAGAUUGCAUUUGUAUAUUGUAUUUUU